GAUGUUUUCAAGUUGCCCCCUGUGCAACUUAGAUUAUAAAAAUCUAAGUCAGCACCUCAAAGUGACCCACCUGGUCAAAAACAGGGAGGAACUGAGGCUCCUGCUUGCAUACAGCUCGGGGAGGUUCAAAGGUAAUGAGGACCUGGUGUGUCAAAUUUGUGAUUUGCCCUGCAAAAGGCUGGAUCGUCAUCUGGCGAUCGUUCACAAACUCGAUACAACCGACCUUCAAGAUGAACUUGUCAGGUCAAAACAAAGAGUUAUUAUUAAAACACUUCAAAAACUGACCUGCAGCAAUGCAAAUCCCCCACUUGUGACCAAGCCUGAAGAGCUUGGGAAAGCGGUGGACACAAGUGGGGGGGGGGAGCCUAAUCCAUCAGAGGAUGGUGUUGAAGACAGAGAUGCUGGCAAGAAGCUGACUAAAAUUCUUGCAGAAAACAAAGACUUGAAACUACAAAUAUCUGUCUUACGACAGAGAAUUAAAGUACUUGAAAGUCGGUUGACUGUUCAAGUUGUCAGAAAAAAAUUUGACAAAAAAAAACCCAACCAGUCCUCUGAGACCCAAUUUGAUACAAUUUUAAUGACCUAUGAGAAGUUCCUCAGGGGACCAUUUCCCACCCCUAAACGGAGCCAGAAUGCGAGGCAGAGGGUGGAGACUGUGCGCCAGUUUUUAAAUUAUGCUUUUAAAAUGAGUCCCACUUGUAAAUGGGACUCCAUUUUAAAUGAGGAGGUUUUCUUUGGUUUUGUCAAAAUGCUCAAAGAGCACAAAUAUCGUGCCACCACAAUGGUCCACAAGUUUGUGGACCUUUCAAACUUUUUUAAAUGGGUUAAGGAAGCAAGUCCAGACGGGGUACGUGUCUCAAAGAAAGCCCUUAAACGGGCGCUUCUCAUUAUAAAAAUGUGCAAUAAGGAGGAGACCAAAAACAUGCAGGCAUGGCAGCAGGAGGUCCACUUAAUGAAAUCUGAAAACCUUUUGGAUCCUGCUGCCCAUGCGGAGUUUAUAAGGGCCGCUUCAGAGGUUCUUCCAAAUAUAUUGGAAAAACUUCAGCAUGGGGAGAGCCAUCUGGACCUCUUCUUUGGACUCCUCGGUGGGGUCAUGAUUGCCACCUCUGGCCACAGGCCAGGGGUAAUCAUGAACCUCACCGUGGAGGAAUUUCAGGCCUCCAAAGAAGGCAGGGAUGGCCAUGCCAUUUUUAUCAAAAAGCACAAAACAAGUGCGACAUUCGGCCAUGCAAUACUCCCCAUCACAAAGGGGGAGUUUAAUUGCAUGGCCGAAUUUUUAAAACUGCGUAAAAGCUUUGAGGGGAGCCAGUCACCCCACUUCUUUUUUAAUUCAAAGGGUGGGGUGUACAAGGGCCUCCUCAAAGCUUUUAUGGCUGCAUGGGAAUUUUUGGGCCUCCCAAAACCAGCCCCAACAUUUAUGGCCUUGAGGACCUCUAUGUCCACUCAAGUGCAGAAGCAUCUUAGUCACAAAGAGGUCCAAAAUGCCACGGCACUCAUGUGCCACAAGCCACAAACGGCCAUGAAAUUUUAUAAGGCGUACUGUUCUGUGGAAGAAGCUUUGGAGCUUCGAAAAACCAUGAGUAAUUCAAUUCAACUCUCCAGGAAACAGAUGGUAGAGUCUGGUUCUUCACUGAUGUCAAAUAAAGGUUUGGUUGAGGACUGUGACGAAAGAAGUGUCUGUCCAGUUGAAACCAUGGAGACUGUAAAAUCUGUGGCCCUCCAGUGUACAGCUAAAGCAGUUAAAUCUAAACAGGGUGAUCAAGAGACUGAGACUGUAAUUCCCCAGGGAAGACGCCCUCACCAGGAUGAAGAGUCAGUUUCAGUUGAAGCUAUUGGAGUAUUUUCUUCUGGGGCAGAUGAGAAAACCCAGGAGCCGACUGAAGAAACCGUAUUCGUGUCUGAUAAUGGCAACACAGUUGAAGCUACCACAACUUCAUCCACUGCUGAGCAAGAGGAGCUAAUUAAGUCUCCACCUGCCAACAAAAUUUGUGGCAGACAAAGAAGAGCAGCACAGACAUCAAAAAAGGAAAUGGCCAAAGCACCUGCUGUGUUGUCAUUAAUUGAAGAGGAAAAUCUGAGUGAAGAGGUUUUUGACCAACCCGCUGUAGAUACUAGCCCACAUUUACCUGUAACUGAAGAACACACAGAAACAAUGGUAAAAUCUGUGAGGGGAAAUAGGAACACAAAACAGUCAAAAAUGACCGUUGUAGUUGAGGUCCAUCGUGUUGCAGACCCUGAACCAUCAGUCGCUGUCGUGUCUAGCCGUGAACAUAAUGCAGUUACCAAGGCAAAGUCUGAGGUUACAGAGAAUGUGGCUUCAUCAGAAAAGCCUGUUAAGCCUGUUAAACAUACCAGGAGAACAGCAAAAGCUCCUGGAUCAAAGAAAGAAAAUACCAUAGCACAAGCAGAUUCUGAAUUUGUUGCAGCUAAUGAAAAUGUCAAGCUUUUGAGAAGAGGAAAGGCAGUGGCUCCCUCUGCCCCCAAGACGUCAACUUCCCUUAAAAGGAAAAGUAAUGUGGCGAUUGAGGUAGCAGAUGAGUCCAUAAAUGAGGAACCUUUACCAAAGAGAAGAGGCAGAGUAGCCAGCAGCUCUGAAAUUGUAGCAGAGUUUUCCACCAAAGAGAAAACAUCUGAAGCGGAACCAAAAAAGGCUAAGCCUACUCUUAAGAAAACUUACAAUAGAGUUGCAAGAGGACAAAAAAUGACAGCCCAAGAACCAGAUCCAGCACCUACUAAGGCUCAAGCAUCUGUUUCAGGUUUGGUUGAGGACUGUGACGAAAGAAGUGUCUGUCCAGUUGAAACCAUGGAGACUGUAAAAUCUGUGGCCCUCCAGUGUACAGCUAAAGCAGUUAAAUCUAAACAGGGUGAUCAAGAGACUGAGACUGUAAUUCCCCAGGGAAGACGCCCUCACCAGGAUGAAGAGUCAGUUUCAGUUGAAGCUAUUGGAGUAUUUUCUUCUGGGGCAGAUGAGAAAACCCAGGAGCCGACUGAAGAAACUGUAUUCGUGUCUGAUAAUGGCAACACAGUUGAAGCUACCACAACUUCAUCCACUGCUGAGCAAGAGGAGCUAAUUAAGUCUCCACCUGCCAACAAAAUUUGUGGCAGACAAAGAAGAGCAGCACAGACAUCAAAAAAGGAAAUGGCCAAAGCACCUGCUGUGUUGUCAUUAAUUGAAGAGGAAAAUCUGAGUGAAGAGGUUUUUGACCAACCCGCUGUAGAUACUAGCCCACAUUUACCUGUAACUGAAGAACACACAGAAACAAUGGUAAAAUCUGUGAGGGGAAAUAGGAACACAAAACAGUCAAAAAUGACCGUUGUAGUUGAGGUCCAUCGUGUUGCAGACCCUGAACCAUCAGUCGCUGUCGUGUCUAGCCGUGAACAUAAUGCAGUUACCAAGGCAAAGUCUGAGGUUACAGAGAAUGUGGCUUCAUCAGAAAAGCCUGUUAAGCCUGUUAAACAUACCAGGAGAACAGCAAAAGCUCCUGGAUCAAAGAAAGAAAAUACCAUAGCACAAGCAGAUUCUGAAUUUGUUGCAGCUAAUGAAAAUGUCAAGCUUUUGAGAAGAGGAAAGGCAGUGGCUCCCUCUGCCCCCAAGACGUCAACUUCCCUUAAAAGGAAAAGUAAUGUGGCGAUUGAGGUAGCAGAUGAGUCCAUAAAUGAGGAACCUUUACCAAAGAGAAGAGGCAGAGUAGCCAGCAGCUCUGAAAUUGUAGCAGAGUUUUCCACCAAAGAGAAAACAUCUGAAGCGGAACCAAAAAAGGCUAAGCCUACUCUCAAGAAAAUUUAUAAUAGAGUUUCAAGAGGACAGAAAAUGACAGCCCAAGAACCAGAUCCAGCACCUAGUAAGGCUCAAGCAUCUGUUUCAGGAAUCAACACUCGAAAAGUAAGGAGUGUGAAAAAGUAGAGAAAGUAGAUGUCCCCACAGAGGCAGCUCCUGUCAGAUGCAGCAGGAGGAAGUAAAGCAUUGAUUUUACAAAGUGAUCUUAAUUAUUUAUUCUGUGUAAUCUUGAAAUUUGUGUGUCAUUUCUUUAUGCCUUUUUCAAAAAGAAAAUUUUUUUCCAGUGUAAUUUUAGCAGCUUUUAUCUUAGGGUAAACUGUGUGUACACUUGUCAGAUGUUUUUUCUCUUAAAUUCAGACUUUUUUAGUUCAAGAAAAUGUUUAAAGAAUUCCUAAUUUUGAACUGCUAACUUUGUUUAAACACUUUUCUUCUAUAUUCCUUUUUUUUAUUUAUUAAAAGAAUAAAGUAAGCCAGGGGUGCAAAAUCAGGCUUGAUUGGUCAGAAAUCUUAACCCCAAGAGUGUGUUAUUUGCUGUAGUGUACAUGUGACCUGCCUGAAAGUUUUCAUUUAAACGAUUUUUGUCAAGAUUUUUGUUUGAUUAAUUUUACUGGUUUCAUCAAGAUAAUGUACAAAUCAAAGCUGUCAAUGGAAGAUAAUUAAAUAAAAAGUUUUAAGGUUAAA